AUGAAGCGAGUUCCUAUUCAUCAAAUAAACUUCGAGCCAUUCCCAGAAAAGCUCAGAAGAAACCACUCUAUUGAUUCUUCUCCAAAAAAAAGAUUAAAUACCUCAUAUGAUAUCCAGUCUCUAAGUUUUCAGACUAUAGCCCAAAAAGACUCAAGCCCCAAAUCUCCUGGCCGUCUCUAUUCAAAUAAACUAGAUCAAAAAGACUCAAAAUUACUAUUUAAAUUAAAUCAUCCUUACCAUAAACGAUUUACCUCAUUUCAAGCUAAUUUCAUCGAAAAAUUUAGCUCUAAUAGCUUUCAUUUACAGAAAUUCAUGCCAGUAGUUAACAAAGAAUUUAAACCAAAUUUUAAGAUUACAAAAAAGCCAAAUUCAAACCUAAUAAACAGCUUUAUUACAAGAAGAAAAGUUCAUAAAAUUGCAAGCCUGAAUAUGAAAAGAAAUAGAAGCUCUGACAUAGAAAAUCCAAAUAAUUCUUUGUCGUUUGAAUGCAAAACAUUGAGAGUUAGGACGCAAGAAAAUGCUUCACUUAAGAGAUAUCAAAGCUGUAAGAGGCAUGAACCUUAUAUAACCAUAAUAUAUAAAAACAAAAAUGAAGAUGAAGGGUUUGAGAAUUUUAAUGACUUCACCCCUUGAUAG